GUAGGUGGCAGCAACACAAGCCACAGCGGCCAGUCUGAAGGAAUCUCUCACAGAAGAAGGGGACAGUGGUGAGAGCUGCCAGGAUACCGGGAUCAAAUCUCACCUUUCGGAUUAAACUAUGGCGGUGAACACAGGGACGUCUCUGGUGUUGUCCAGCCUGUUGUCGGUGCUGGUCUUCGCAGGGAUGCAGAUGUUCAGCAGGCAGCUGGGUUCCUCAGAGUGGCUGACCAUCCUGGGAGGCUUCCUGGGUUCAGUGCUGUUCGUCUGCUCCCUCACUGCCUUUAAUAAUCUGGAGAAUCUUGUCUUUGGGAAAGGCUUCCAGGCAAAAAUCUUCCCAGAGAUUCUGUUGUGCCUGUGUUUGUCCCUCUUCGCCUCUGGUUUGGUGCAUCGUGUGUGUGUCACCACUUGUUUAAUAUUCUCACUUUUCGCUCUCUACUACAUCAACAAAGUCUCUGCGGCUCUUUACCAGGCGGCCGCUCCUGUAGCAACCCCUGCCAAAACCACCAGCAAGGGCAAGAGGAAGAACUGAAGCACUUAAACUGCCUGUUAUCGUCCAAUCAGCUCCCACACAGCAGCAGCCUUUUUUUUUUUUUUUU